ACAAUCAAACCCACACACCCACCUCUACGGAGACUCGCACAUUCACGUUUCAUAGUUCUACUGUAAAAUAGAUAGCAAGACGGGACUCUCAGUGCUCUCAGUAUAUAUAAUCCUAUCGUGAAAUAAUUACACUAGUUUAAAAAUAAAUCUGAAAUAAAACAUGGAGUCCCCUCCAGAUCCAGCAAGCGACCCGGGUAACAGCGCCUCGGAGCCGGCUACCCCGGUCAGGGACACCCCGGUAAACCUGGACAGCCUCCGAAAAGCUGACCAGCAAGCCCCCGUUCGCAGGCAAAGCUGUUCUAGCACCAACAGAGGUAUCUCAGUAACAAAGAAGACGCAUACUUCUCAAAUCGAAAUUAUUCCUUGCAAGAUCUGUGGAGAUAAAUCAUCAGGAAUCCAUUAUGGUGUGAUAACGUGCGAAGGAUGCAAGGGCUUCUUCAGGAGGAGCCAGCAGAGUAACGCUGCGUACUCCUGUCCCCGGCAGAAGAACUGCCUGAUCGACCGCACCAGCCGCAACCGCUGCCAGCACUGCCGACUGCAGAAGUGCCUGGCUGUGGGCAUGUCCCGGGACGCGGUGAAGUUCGGCCGCAUGUCCAAGAAGCAGAGGGACAGCCUGUACGCGGAGGUGCAGAAGCACCGGCUGCAGCAGCAGCAGCGCGACCACCAGCAGCAGCCGGGGGAAGCGGAGCCUCUCACGCCCACCUACGGCCUGUCCGCCAACGGCCUGACCGAGCUGCACGAGGACCUCGGCGGCUACAUGGACAGCCACACGCCCGACGGCGGCAAGGCCGACCCGGCCGUGGGCGGCUUCUACCUGGACAUCCAGCCCUCGCCCGACCAGUCCGGCCUGGACAUCAACGGCAUCAAGCCGGAGCCCAUCUGCGACUUCGCCCCCGGCUCCGGGUUCUUCCCCUACUGCUCCUUCACCAACGGGGACACCUCCCCCACCGUGUCCAUGGCAGAGCUAGAACAUCUGGCCCAGAACAUCUCCAAGUCCCACAUGGAGACGUGUCAGUACCUGAGGGAGGAGCUCCAGCAGAUGACCUGGCAGGCCUUCCUGCAGGAGGAAAUGGAGAACUACCAGAACAAGCCCAGGGAAGUGAUGUGGCAGCUGUGUGCCAUCAAAGUGACGGAGGCCAUCCAGUACGUGGUGGAGUUCGCCAAGCGCAUCGACGGCUUCAUGGAGCUGUGCCAGAACGACCAGAUCGUGCUUCUGAAAGCGGGUUCUUUGGAGGUGGUGUUUGUGAGAAUGUGCCGUGCCUUUGACUCCCAGAACAACACAGUCUAUUUCGACGGGAAGUACGCUGGACCUGAUGUCUUCAAAUCGUUAGGCUGCGACGACUUGAUCGCCUCCGUCUUUGAAUUCGGGAAGAGCCUGUGUUCUAUGCACCUGUCGGAGGACGAGAUCGCCCUGUUCUCCGCGUUCGUGUUGAUGUCUGCAGAUCGAUCCUGGCUCCAGGAGAAGGUCAAGGUGGAGAAGCUACAACAGAAGAUCCAGCUGGCCCUUCAGCACGUCCUGCAGAAGAACCACAGAGAGGACGGAAUACUGACAAAGUUGAUAUGCAAAGUGUCGACACUGCGAGCGCUGUGCAGCAGACACACGGAGAAGCUGACGGCCUUCAAAGCAAUAUACCCGGACAUUGUGCGCGCCCACUUCCCCCCCCUCUACAAGGAGCUUUUCGGCUCGGACUUCGAGCAGUCGAUGCCCGUGGAGGGGUAACGGGCUCACCCCCCCCACCGCCCCUCGAACCCCCCCCCCCCCCCCAACGCUGGUGUGAACACUGUCUGGAAUGUUGGGAGAAGACGAGCUGAACGCUUCUGACACUGUAGCGGUGCCCUGCUGGGACCAGGACAGCCCACGCACUGCACAAUGUUUCGGGGUGGGGUUUGUUCUUCUUCUUUGGUUUCUUUGUGGCUUUUUCUUCUUUUUUUUUUGUUUGUUAUGUUUGUUUUAUUGUAUCUUAUUUGUUUUUUUGUGCACAGUUGGGAUCCAGAGCCCAGGGAAAAAAAAAGGAAGAGAGACUUAAAAAGGACACUUUUUAAGAGAACAAUCCGUUUCUGUCGGGCUGAACUUGACCAGAUUCCCAUGCAUACGUGCACACGUGUGUGUGUAUAGGGCAUCUUCUGUGGCUCACACUUGGCACAAUGCAUAAAUAAAAACCACAGGCAGCAACAUAUUUAGAAGAUUUAAGUUGUUUUACAAGCCUAGAUUUUCCAACUGUAAACAAAUAUCAACCUGAAUAAAACUCAGCCAUUCUCACUGACAACUAAAAGAGCGAAACCCAGAAACCUAAAAGAUAUCUAAAAGAACCUAUCUUAACCACAAGGUCUAUUUUGCCUGAAACUACAGCACUUAAUCUGCUUAAUAGUCAGUUGCAGUCUAUGCUUCACGUCCUGGUCAAGUUCAGCCCUUCUUUCUCUGUUUUAAUCAGUGUUUUUCCUUUGGAAUGCAGUGAUCGGAAUGCAAACUCUCAAUGACACAGGGAGGUUGGGGGGGGGGGGGGCGUGGCAUGGGCCUGUCGCCGUGAUGAGAUAGAAACUGCACCUUUCUAUGGACAAUCGUCUCAGUGAAAAAGUAGAAUUCUGGUAAUUCUAGUCGAACUACAAUGACUUUAGCUGUCAAAGACUCCAUCUCCCAUGGUUGCAUUGUGAAAUCAUGAAAGGCCAUCUGCUAUUAAUCCCUCACUGUAGAGAGGUGGCCCACUAAUGCUAGGGUCACUGCCACAAGAAGAAGGAGCUCAUUCCACCUGUUUUUUAAUAUACUACAGGGUAUACGGUCAUAAGUACUUACUAUACAGAAAAAAAGUAAUGUUUAUAGAUUCUAUUUUAAAUAACAUGUAUGAUAUUGGUAGGUAGGCUAUUCUUAAUUGUUGAAUUGAUAAGGCACUUUUAUUUGCACCUUUCUUUUAUUUAUGACUUGUGUAUUACCUAGUGAUGUUUUUGCAUGUGCACAGGAGAUACCGGUUAAAUAACCACAGUCAUGGAGGUUCCUCCAAUUAGAGGGCAGCGGAUGGCUGCUGAGGCUAUGUGAUUGGUUGUGAGCUGUUUGAGAUGUAAGGACAGGGCUGGUUAAACCGUAGGCCCGGAGAAGCAGGGGAGUCGCCCUCACUCUGUAACCAGGGAUGUUGACGCUCUCUCCCUGCUGGGGGGAGAUGUUUUUGGGGAGAACGGGAGCCGGCUUUGGGACGGACCCGUUUGGUAGCUCACAGAGUUUAUGGGUCCCUCUCUCACCCGCCUGACGUGCUCCGAAUUGUCAUCCCGUCACCUUGGCUGAUGUUCUUAGGAUCAGCUGCUGGUACGACCACGGCUGCCCCUCCCACUCCUUGCUAGUUUAGUCAGGAGGCCCAUGACAGCAUGGUUGGUUAAAAAUAAAUAUUAAACAUGAUGGGGCUGUGCGAGAGGGAAGAGUGCAUGUCCGAUCUCAGAGAGGUCUGUCAGAGCCCCCUCUAGCCCAGCUCAGUCAGCUGUUUCCAGAUCCAGUCCCAGGCCUGUACUUCUGGCAGCACCCUUAGGUCGCGUGCCUAUGACUGGUUGAAUGGUAACACCAAAACAAGUCGGCUCCAACACGCCGUCACAUACAUUCUGGCCCUGCACCAAUCAGUGAAACGAAAAGCCUUAGCUGUGUUUUUUCACUCAAAAAGCAUGCUUUUGAGACCUAGAGCCUAUACGUGCUGCCUCUGGUUGGUACGGGUGCUUGUACACAGUCACCCUUGCAGGCAGGCCAAUCCCCCGCCUCGCUGGACACGUGACCCUGUAGACUCAUCCUCACGUGCUGGAAAUCAAGACAGCAUCCCGCGGGAGCAUGGCUAUGAGUUCCCCAUGCUACGUGCGUAAGCUAAUGAAGGAGUACAUAAGCUUUGUUUCAUUCCAGCUGGGAGCUUUGUUGUGGGCUCUAAAUGAUUUACCUAAUCCAACCAUGCCAUCUAGUGGCUAAAGAGGGAACGCCAGCCGUGAUCUUUCCAGCAGGUAUGGUCAAGAGAAAACAGCAUGUGUGCGAACGUAAGGUGUUCUAAAAACCAGCGGCCCUGAUACCUCUUACACCGCUGGCAGCGGUUGUGUGUGUGGGGUGGUGUUCUGCAUCAGUGAUAGGUCCUCUACUGAAAUCAUCUCAGCCAGCAAUGACCUUCGGUAUUAGGCAAUAAAAUAAACGCAGAAGAUGUGAGAUGUUCAAAGCCUUGUCUGGUUGAAAAGCUUCUAUUUUUGUAACCCAUUACACAGCCCAGGAAAGAGACAGAAAGAGAUAAAGAAUAGAGAGAGAUGAGGUGGCACUUAGGAUUUUUCUGCAAUAAUUAGCAUAGAUGUUAUUUGUGUAAAAAGGAGAGAAAACAAUUGAAAUGCAAGACAAUGGUGGGGGUAAUAUUUUCACCAAGCUUUGCUGUCUAUUACGGUUAUUUUUUGUUUGGUGUUGUUUGCAGCAGUGUUGCUGUUGAACCUUAUCAUCUGUCCUCUACAUGUGCCAUAGUAGAUGUUUGUGUCCAGCCUCUCCUGUGUCCAGGAGACUGACGGUUUGCUUUUUCUUUUCCUCGUUCCAGGAAACAGUUAGGUGACUUUGACAGGAGCAGUGCUCGAUUAGGGGUUUGAGUGGGGAGCCUCUUUUUUCCUUGUUGUCUUUGUGUUUGCAUUUUUGCCCUUCAUUCCUCUUCAGUGCAAUACGGACACAGCACACCUGGUGUGUGCGUGUGUGUGUGUCUGUGUUUGUGUGUGUGUGUGUCUGUGUGGGUGUGUGUCUGUGUGUGUGUUCUCCCUCAGGGAAGAGUGGGAUAACUACUUUACAUGUCUUUUUUUGGAUUCGUUUUUAAGUUUUUCUUUUCUUUUUUUUUGGUUGUUUCCAUUUCAUUAUUUUUCCUUCUUGUUUGGUUAAGGAGUGCCACUGGCCACUGAGGAAAGUCACAGUCCCCUAUAACUCCCUGUGGCACAGCCAGUGUGAGGGACAUUGCAUUUGAAGCUGUCCAUUAUUAGUAUGGCUUUUGGGCUCAAAUAUGUUGGAUUCAGAGGUUGACCUCAACAGAGAAAUGGCAAAGUGUUCAAUCCGUGCGGUCCUUUUAGAGCCAAGAACAAAUAAGGAGAUACACAUCUAAGAAUAGCAAAUAGCCUAAAUGAUUUUGGGCAGGUUCAGGCAUUGUUCAUUAUUUCUCCAUAAGAAUUGGAUUUUUAGUGACCGUGUGCAAGUAGAUAUGAAGUCUUGUGUUGAGAAAUAGAGUCAAAUGCUGUCUUCGGGAUCAAUUCAUAUUCUGAUUAUGAAGUCAUAUUUCUCCAGUAGGAAAACCAAAUAUGUCAUACAUUUUCCAUGGUGAUUUGUUCUAGGCCAAUACAAAAAGCAAUAUAUACGCCUUGUGUGUUAUCUACUUGGCUUUCGACUCCCUGCAUUUGUUACAUUUCCCGGUGCACAGUCACCUGUCCAGAUCCAAAUGAGAAAGAUAUAGACUGUGAGUGACAAUCCACAGGAACAUGAGGGUAUGUCCCGGUGGUUACGCUGGGUAUUGGGUUCGAAUAGGAAUGCUCAGGGAGAUGAUAGCGAUAAGUAUUCGAGUAGCGAGGUCACGGUUGGCAAUAGGUUUCUCUCCCUCUGCCGGGGCUUGGCAAAGCGCGGUGCGUGCUUUCGCUGCGUUAGAUGUGCUUUGCCGUUCCUUCGCUCGAUUGUUUCUCGGUUUGAAAGAACCUCUGUUCUUAGCACUGGAUGCACUUUCCAUCGAUGGUAUGCAUGCGUGGUUUCCUGCGUUUCAAAGAUUUUCUUCAAAUAUCGUGCAGUAAAAAGCGGGUGUAUUUAUAGACUUUUUUUUCUUCAGCAUUUGUUUGAAUUUAUGUGCUUGCUAUGGCUGGCUCUCAUUCUGAAAGACGAACACUUCACCUAACCCAGCUUUCGGUUUUCCUGCUCUCUUUGCUUUUAACUGUCAAUUUGGCCUCCUUCGAGCCUCCUCCAGUUUAGAACCUGGUACGCUCUUAUGAGGAGUUUAUUCUCCUUCUGUAGAUUGCCAUUACGUCCAGUAGCUAACACUUAUCUUCCCAAUAGGUAAUAUUCCCCACUGGAUAAGAUUCGUACAACACAAAAAUCCUGAUCCAGCAGAAAACAAUGCCCUGUGUUUAUGUGGUCACACUGCAAGUGAAUGCCUGUCACAUAUUCUCCUGUCUGAACAUACCCUAGCAUGUUUCUGCACAUUAUUUUGACCAAGGGUAGUGUAUUACUAAUACUGGUCAUAGGAGGGCUAUUGAGUGCAGUAGCCCCGCAUGGUGGUCAUGGUCCUGAUGGAACGUGCACCAUCCUAUCACCCGCUGUUAAACGCUGUCCUUCAGAUGAGCCGUGCAGUAAGCCCCAGCAGCAACAGACCAGCCACCAAUGGUUUGCUUUCCCGCCAUCCCCCUGCACACUGUCUGCUUGGCUUUGCUUGUUGUGACUCUGUGUUUGAUGUAUUUUAAGCAAUAUUGUUGCUGGGAACUGAAAUGGGCAGUGGAUCUGCGGCAGGUGCGUGACCAUCCCUGAGAAUUAUGGGAAGGUUGGCUGAAUCUAGGCCCAUGUGUCCUUUUCCCUUACCCGGUCUUGAUAAGAACUGAUAAAGAAACUGAUCCUAAGUCUUACUGCAGGGUUUGGUACUUUACUAGGUAUUGCAGAUUAGGGCACGGUGAACUGUGGGUUUCUAUGGUCAUAAACCUCCAUUCUGAUGAGUAUUCAUAACCGGUGAAAGAAGCCCCUUAAAUUCUAACAUGACCAGAAAAACAGAUUUAGCCACUCCUGUGACCCGGGUUAAUGAUACUGCCUUUCCUUUAGUAGUAGGAACAGUUUGAACUGCCUACUUCCUCUGUCUGUGCUUGCUGUUUGUUACACGAUCUGCGUGAGAGCAAUAUGACCACAAAAUAAGUGUGGGCCAACCACUGGUUUAUAGCUUUGAACGUGUCCUUGUACAUGUGUGUGCGUGCGUGAGUGUGCGCAUGUGUAUGUGAGUGCAGUAGCACGAAACCCAGACAAGGCUUUAAUGUGUUUAGAACAGCAGGGUCAAGAGGUCAGUUUGUUUUUCUCUCCUUUUCAUUUUUAAAUGAAUCAGUCCAUUCCAUCCUCUGAAACAAUAUUCUCAUUUUCCAAAGCAGGCAUAGUAAGUAUAAAUUACAAUACCUUUUUUGAAAAUAAUAACAAAUAAAAAACUCUUCUAGCCAUAACCGAAUGUUGAGCAAUAAAAUAAAUGUUGUAUUAUUAAUUUUGUGCAUAGGUUAUAGACAUCUGCAUGUAAAUACAACCUCUUAUUUAUCAUGUUGUUUUUUUGUUUGUUUUUGUUAGUUUUUUUGUUUGGUAUUUUAUCAUUUGUAUAUUUGACCAGUUCUGUUCCUACGCUGAGAACAAAGAACUUCAGAUGGCCUGCAUACACCUGUAUUUGUCUCGCUCUCUCUCAAGCUCAAUCUCUCUCUGCUUUUAAUUCACAAUAUUUAAUGUUAUUAUUGAUCACAUGUAUAGAGGUAACUUUAUAACUUCUGUCUGUAUAGGUAAGAUGAAAAUACUGCUAUAAACGCCUACUCAGUGCAAAUAUUUAUCUGUUUAUUAAAGACAUCAUGCUGUACAAUAUCUCUGUUUUAGUAUAACUACUCUUUUAGGCUUAGUUUGAUAGAGGUAGGGUGUGCUGAAAAUUUAUUUUGUGUUAUUCUGAUGUGUGGUGCUAGAUAAGUUACUUUUGUGAACAAAACCUUAAUUCCUAGAACUAGGCCACCCUAUUCGUCCUAUUAAUUUCACUGAAUAUUGAUGCAUUAUUAUUAUUAGGACUAAAGGAAUAAUGAUAAUAUUAAUAAUAAUGAUAAUGAACAUAAUGGUAAAUUACUAUAAUACCCAGCGAGUACCUGUAUCAGCGUGCUAGUCUUGGGAUGAGGCUCUUAUUCCUUCUCAAUUUAAGAUUAUUAGCAAAAGCAGUAUCUGUUCCUUGGGUUAAUGAAAAGGCAGAAUUGCAAUACAUGUCUUUCCACUUUCUGGAAAAAAAAAAAGAAAAACAAAUGUGUUUGAUUUAGUUUUGGCUGAAAAGUAAGUGUUUUGCCUCUUCUGUUUCGUUAGUGGCAUUCCUGGUUGUGAAAAUGUACUGGUCUGUCUCGAAGCCCCAGAGCAGUGGCAAAGCUUGCCUCAAGGGGGAGCUAGAGGGUGUUCAAGGAAUACACUUAACGUCCUCUGUGUCAAAAUCUGGACAUCACUACAGUCCAUACCUCAACCCAGAAAGCUAGCUUUCUCUCAAGUGAAAAUUCCAAUUGAGUCCAUUCUGAAGGAGGAGUUUUGUCCGGGUAGCCCAGCUUCUUAGACCACCAUUUUCACCACCAGGCGUUUUUAAAGGUAGUCUGUCUUCAAGUCCACAGCCUCGACAGGACCUGAGCACAGAUGCCUCUAUUAAGUGUUAAUAUACAGAAAUAUGCCGUACAUAAGAGGGUUCAUGUCAUGUGCUUUUUGUGGCCAAUAUCAACCAGAAUAUGCUCUCAAUAAUGAAAGACACAUUAGACAGGGUUUCUCUUUCUGUGUUGCAGGAUGUAUAAAUGAUAUUAAACUGUCUUAGUUUUAUUUCAUUUUUUCAUAAAAAUGUGUUUUAUAUAACUGCUAACCAUUUAGUUGAUAAAGAAUAAUGAGUUUGCAGUGUACAGUAUACAUGUUUUUAUAUAAGUCAAUAAAUAUAAGCAGAACGGGUUAAGACCACACACCAAGAUUUCUUAAAAUCAAGAGUUGAGACUUACUUUGAGUAAAUUCUGGUUGACAUUUGCUCGUAAAAGGAGAUGAAAUUCACUUCACACCUAGGUUUGGAUGUCUGAAAAACAAAAAAAACAAUAGACAAUCCUUUUUUGGUGUGUUUGUUUUAAGCUGAAUGAAAUGUAUUUUAUCUAAUACAGGAAAUUGACUUAAGAAUUGUAUUUUUUGAGUAUUCAAAUGUGUCUGUAUAAGCCUACAAACUCAUUUGCAUUUCUUGAACCUUGUUUUUGUUAAAUGUGAGAUUGAAGGGGUUCUGUGCUAAAGCAACAAAACAUAAAUAAUUGUAAAGCCAGGAUUAGGGUUGUCACAAAUUUUUAUGUACCAUGUUUGCUACUGAUCUUAAAAUGGGGACAAAUGAUUCACGUUAACUUUUUAAAUCCUGCUCUUUUAAAUUCUCUUUAGGAGUAGUCUCUUCACACAACGGUAGCUUUGCUCCUUCUCGUCUGAUUCUUAAAUAUAAAAAAAGUAUUUUGAUUCAUUUUUGUAAAUACAACUGUAAAGAAAAUAAGAAAUUUAAUGUUGUCUUUUAAAUACUUUUCAUUCUAAUAUGAAUGUUGUUAUAUUGUACUUAGAAACUGUACCUUUAAUAUUACCUUUAUUAAAAGUGCAUGGGACACAUCGGUUUGAGAUGUGCUUCGUGUGCCGUGCCCAGAAUAAAAAUGACAGCUUGUAAUGGG